GUAACGCACUAACGCCCGCUCCGAUCUAAAAUCUCCUACUGAAAGUCGUUGCAAAUUGACACUUGCCGUUGUAUUAAAUUCUGCAGACUACAACUUACUACUGUCGACUUCGGUCUACACAGUACACACACUACUCAACAGUACGGCCGUUGUAUAUUUUGUACGUGAGCUGAAGUCGAUUGUAUCGCUUAUUACGAUUUACGGUGCAAUAUUUUACGAGACAGUAAGUUUUGUACUUGAGUAUGUUUAACAGCAAUUAAUUAUUUAAAAAAAAGUACCUAUUGAUAAUUACGAAUCUGUAAUUUAAUGUCAAGUUUUUAACUUAGAAACCAUUAACAUUUAUAUUUAAAAAAAACCCUAUUUACAUUAGGAAUGUCUCUUUUAUUUAAUACAAGACUAGUUAAAUGCAUAAAAAGAAUUUUUCCUGUUGUCAAACAUAAUGUAUCGAUCAAUAGUUAUAAACAAAAAUUAGUGUUUCCUAAUUCAAAGCAAAGUGUACAAACUUCUAUAAGAUACAUUCUGUCAAAUCGUACGAAUGCAGCAAAAUCAAUUGUCUUUGGAUUUUCAUUGCUUGGUUUGAUUGGACUUGACGAGAGUGAUAAAGAUAAAGAACUAAUCUAUACCAUUAAAAAAGGCCUGUUGCACUUACAAAAUGAUGAUUACAAUGCUUUUGAACAAACAUUACAUGAGGCUCUCAAAAUGGCCUAUGAUUUAAAGAAUUUUGAUGGCGUUACAUAUGUAUACGAUGUGUUAGCAAAUGGAGCAUUUAUGAAUAAGGAAUAUGAAAAGGCAAAAAAUCUAUUUACCACAGUCAUUAGUCGGUUAUUUGAUCAAGGAGGCCUUGAAGACGAUCUUAACGUUCUACACAUAAGUCUUAAACUUUCUAAAAUUUACGAAGCUCAAAAAGAUUAUAAAAAUUCUGAAAUUGGUUACAUAUACUGUGUACAACGUUUGGAAAAGAAGUUUAAAAUUGAUCCUGAAAACGAAGACGUUUUAGGUUUAUAUGCUAUAACAUUAGACGCAUAUGCUCGCUAUUUAAUGAACCAAGGACAAACUAAGAACGCAAGAGCGUAUUUUAGAAAGGCCUAUAAUGCGAGUGUUAAGUUGAAUGGAGAAGUAUUUGAAAUGAAUGUAAUUUUAUUGAAUGAUCUGGGAACCCUAUGCUAUAUUCAAGGAAAGUUAGAUAAAGCAUUACACUACUUUAAAAAGGCAGAACAAAUUGGGCAACAUCUUCCUGACAUGGAAAAUUUUUCAACAGUAUAUAUAAACCUUGGUAACAUUUACUUAAAACAAGGAAUGUUAAAAGAAGCAGAACAAAAUUGUGUGGAAGGAAUGAAAAAUGCUAAAAGACAUCGUUAUGACGAAGGCAAAAAAGAAGCAGAAAUUUGUUUAGCUGAAAUAAAAAGUGCUAUGAAGUGACUAAUAUUAAGUGAAUUUAUUUUUGUUUUGUAGGCCAAAUGUUAAUUAGUAUUUUAUUUCUUCAAAUCUUUAAUGAUCUUUUAUUACUAUAAUUUUCUAUUGUAGAUAUAUGUAUGUAUGAAAUUAUUGUGUACAAGAAAUAAAUUGGAUGGUCGUAUGUUAUAUCAAAUUUUAAAAAUUUAAAAACAAAAUUCAUUAUUAUAGGUCUUUUCAAUGAUAAUAUAACUAGAACUUUUUAAUGUAAGUUUACAUUUUAUAACAAUUAUUACUUAAACUCAUUAGAUUAUUUUUUAUAAUUAUAUAAUUGUAUUGUUUGUACUGGCUGAUUAUUGAAUUUCUGAACACAGUUUCUUUUUACUUAUCUUAAGUUUAAGUAUCUUGUCAGUUAUUUUGAGUAACAAUUAAUUUUUAAUUAAAGUCUAUACACGCAAUAUCGUGUUAUACGAGUAAGACAAUUAUAAGUUCAGAAAUGUCAUGUUUAUUUUUGAAACUUUCAUAUAUAUAUUGUUUACUUAUAUGGAUUAGACACUGUACUGAAAUCUAAAUAGUUUUUAAAAUACAAUGGCAUAAUUAAUAUCAUUGAAAU